AGAUACCAAUCGACUCUAGAUCUACAGAGUCCGACUGCGAUAGAGCGAACCAAAAGACUAUAUUCUCAGGGCGAUCUCGCCGAACCAAUUCUCACGCUUAGCCCCACGUUACUCUCACUUUGAAUACUUUUGAACUGCGGCACCCUAGUUGUGGCCCAGUACGCAAGAGCCAAGUUUCCCAAAUUGUUAACAGCCCGUUCCACUUCCUCAAAUCAGACACGAUCAGCGACUGGAGUACGAUUAAAUCUUAGCAGGACUCGUAUGGGUUGAAUACCUAGCAUGGCACAUGCUCCGGCACUUCUACGGACGAACACGGCCCCCGUAUUCCCUGCCGACAACAAGUACGGUCCUAUGUCAGCGUCUACUAUGAGUAGCCUUCGGACAAGCCAGUUGUCCGGCUCCACAGCCCUCAACUCUUCGAACUCUUCCCUUACCUCUAUGUCGACUUCUACCGUCGUCCCCCCCUCGAGCAACGGCAAUGUCGUGCCUACUGCUAACAUCGUCAACCAAAAGGCUGACGCCUCGAGGUCCCUAUAUCAAAUCUGCAUCACAUUAAAACAGCGACUAGCACGCGUCCCUGAUUUCGAUGUUCACCUUGAAACUCUAGCAACGUCGAUGGGCGAAGAUGGCCCCGUCGAGUCUUUAUGGAACCUACUACGAACCGGUUUACCGCUUCUGACUAUAUACAACUGCCUACAACCCGAGAAUCCCUUAGAAGUCGACCCCAAUGCCAGCGAGGCCAGGAAGCCUAAAUUGGCUGUCUUCAAAUUCGUUGAGGCAUGCUUGAAACAACUAAAGAUCCCCCCUUCCGAGUCUUUUGUCAUCAAUGAUUUGUUGGGUAAUGAUACCACUGGCUUCGUCAAGGUUACCCAAGUCGUGAACCAUGUUUUGGACCUCGCCGACCAACGGGGGUUUCUCUUAGAUAAUCAGCCCUACCCAGAGGAGAUUGGACCAAUAGCACCCGGGUCUCGUAUGACGUAUCGCGACCACAUCAUCCAAGAACUUGUCGAUACUGAACGAAAAUAUGUCCAGGAUCUUGAAAACCUCCAUGAUCUGAAGAAGACUCUAGAGCAGAAGGGGGUGAUACCCGGGGAUAUUAUUCAUCAAAUAUUUCUAAACAUAAACUCGAUUCUCGAUUUCCAGCGACGAUUCUUGAUUCGCGUCGAAACAACCAACUCAAUGGGCCAGGAUUCGCAACGAUGGGGCGCGCCGUUUGUCACGUACGAAGAUUCCUUUGAUAUAUAUCAGCCAUUCAUUGCCAACCAACGGAAGGCUGGCCAGAUAGCCACACAAGUGUUCGACAAGAUCCAACUUGCUGAGCAUCCCGUGUCCUUUGAUUUCAACACUCUGGAUAGUUUUCUGCUGAAACCAAUGCAGAGACUAGUCAAAUACCCUCUACUCCUAAAGUCUCUCUUGAAGAAAUGUGAAGUAGAAGAAGUCAAGGCGGAUUUGACGGCAGGUAUCGAUGCGGCGGAGCGUGUUCUUACAAAGGCAAACGAAGCAGUCGACCGCGAUCUCCUAGAUGAAGCAUUGGAAGAGUUAACACGCAGGGUGGACGACUGGAAGAACCAUCGAGUGGAGUCGUUUGGAAGACUUUUACUGCACGGCGUGUACACUGUCAUCACUGGCCGCAGUGAGCAAGAGAAAGACUAUGAAAUAUACCUAUUCGAGUGUAUCCUGUUGUGUUGUAAAGAGGUCCUGCCGAAUAAAAGCAAAGAAAAGAAGGAUAAAAAAUCUGCGCCGAGGGCUCCGAACAAGAAUAAUAAACUACAACUCAAGGGACGGAUAUUUAUGACGAAUGUGACCGAGGUCCUGUCAUUCGCAAAACCAGGCUCCUAUACUGUACAGAUAUGGUGGAAGGGCGAUCCUGGUGUAGAAAACUUUAUUAUCAAGUUUUCCAACGAGGAGACGAUGAAGAAGUGGGAAACAGGACUGGUUGCACAGAGAAAAGAGAAUGCGCCGAACACGAACGCGAGCCCCGAUCAAGCCACCCCGGACUUUGCUUGGAUGCGAAAUCAGAACAAUCUUGAGAAUCCUUACGCUCAACAAGAAGAAGAAGACGAGGAGGAGGAAGAGGAGGUAACACCAGGGCAGACUCCUUCAUCGAAUACAAGCUUUGGUAACCCUCCAGCUGGUGGUAUUAUGAACCGCAAUGCAUCUAGUACAAGUCUUAGAUCACGCUCAGCGACCGCCGAGAGCACUCAGUCACUGGCAGGCAUUAUUCGAGCCCCGCCACCGCGUUUCCCUUUGCCAGCACCUCCUGGAAACCUAAGUCUUCAGACGCAAGCUGGGGCACAGUCGCCGAGUACACGUCUUGGCGAAUCUUAUUUCUCCCCUACAGCGGAGUCCCCUGCUUCAUCACGGACAAGUACAGCAAGUGCUAUGUUUGCAUCGAAUGGGUAUCCAUUCCCAAGGACUGGGACACCCCAAGGGGCGUGGGAGGACAACAAUCGUUAUACCGCCCCGGCUAUGCCACGAGCUCCUUCAAGGGAUGGGCCUUCUCCGUUGAGCGGGAGGAACCCCAGAGGACCUUCUUUGCCUGUGAUGACUUCUCAACCGCCGAGUCUAGCCCAGCAACAACGUAGUCGGUCCUAUAGUACACCAGACAUAAAUGGACAGCCCAAUGGGCGCAGAACCAACAGUAGCACUCCUGUUCCUGCUGUACCUGGAAUCCCCCCUCAUCUUCAUCCGGCACACGACGCGAACAUCCCCCGAUCUCAGACUGGCUCUCCCAGACAGGAUGUCCCCCUUCGCACCAGUACCCAGAGUCCCGGCAUGCAACGUGAGGCAAGGCUGACCCAGCAAUCUGGUCAAUUUGGUGGGACUAUGGCUCAAUUCCCUACACAGCCUGUCUACUCUCGACAAACGACUCCCGCUCCAGCAGCAAACACCGGGGCCCAGUCUAGACAACCUGGAUCACCGCCACUUGGUACUGCUACUCAGGGUAACCCUCUCUCUGCCCCGGAUCUGCCUAUUCCCGCACAAUUGAAAGUCAAAGUAAAUUGUGAUAAUGGAGCAUAUUUUACACUGGUGGUUCCGUUCAAUAUCGCGUAUCAAUCGCUGAGGGAUCGUAUCGACGCUAAGCUUUCGCGAUUCACAAACAGCUCGAUUGCUAAGGGCAAUUUGAAACUGAGGUAUCGUGACGAAGAUGGUGACUCCGUGACAAUUGAAAGCGAUGACGAUAUCCAAAUUGCUUUUACGGAGUGGCGAGAAGGCGUGAACAGCAUGUACUCUGGCGGCGUUGGAGAAAUAGAACUAUAUUGUGUUGGGGAGACGGGCUAAUCGUCUCGAGGACAAUAUGAAUACUGACCCGGAAAUCCUACAAACAUCAAAAGUGAUGCAACUCACGACCGGUCAAAAUGCCAUCUCGCUCUGGGUUCUAGGCUCCCUUGAUAAUAAUAUGGUAGCGCCAGGAGCGGGCGGGCCAUAUCUCGAUACCACCUCUUCACUUUUCCAAUUUUCUAUUCGAAUAACGUUCGUUUCACGAUUUCACGAUUCUUUGCACAUAUUUUAGAUACCAGACCUUUCUUGGUCACAGAUGGGCUAGCUUUGGGUCCUUGCCCGAUGAAAAGGAACUCUUACACUCAUUUUAUCGCCGCA